AAAGUCCAUUAAUGAAUUGCGUGGCAGCCUAACCUAACAUUCCUAACCUUAUUAUCUGUUAUCAGCUGAUAUAUAAAUCGAGGAAUUGAACAACCUUUCCUGAUGAAAAUACAUUUCAAUGAAGAACAAGCAUGACUUUAAGUAGAAGUACAAGCACAUUGGUACUGAAUUAUUUUAAUAGAUCUAUUUUUAAUAGUUUAAACUCUAGCAAACAUAACCUACACAACAGUGCACAAAAUUCUCUCACCUUUAAGCGGUUUAACAGUAGCGUUUGUUGGAAAUGUGGGAAGGAAAGGAAAAACUCUCAAGUAUUCUGCGAGACGUGCAAUGCAGUUCAAGCCCCCCUCGAAAAAGACAACUACUUCAAAGUAUUCGGCUUAGAGGAAAAUUUUGACAUCGAUCAGCAGUACCUGAAGAACAAAUUUAGGAAAUUGCAGAGUAUGCUGCACCCGGACAAGUUCAGUAACAAAACCGACGAAGAGCAACACAUCUCAGCGGAAUAUUCGUCACUCCUGAACAAGGCCUACAGCAGCCUGCAUACUCCUCUGAAAAGAGCCGAACAUUUACUUAAUUUGAGAGGCGAACAAAUAGGGGAAGAACAGGCAGUGGACGAUCCCGCAUUCUUGAUGGAAAUCAUGGAAUUGAACGAAGAGAUGGAAAGUGCGGGUAACGAUAAAGAGAAGUUGAAGGCGUUGAACACUAAGAAUAAAAUGGAGUUGGAGCGGAUUUCUAAAGAAGUCGACGAGUGCUUCAGGAGAAACGAUAUUCGGGCGGCGAAGAAAACCGUCAUCAAACUGAAGUACUUUAGUAGUCUAGGUAGUAGGAUAAACGGGGUUUUGAGGGAGUUGGGGGAGACGGACUGAUUCUGACGGAGGAAGAAUUAGCAAAAUAAAUGUUUUUUGUAAUUAGCGUUAGUCACAUUUAAUAAAUAGUUGUUUUUUGAA